GAGGUCGGCGUGACCGGUAAAUACGGUACCAGAUAUGGUGCCUCCCUCCGUAAGCAGGUGAAGAAGAUGGAAAUCACCCAGCACGCCCGGUACACCUGCACCUUCUGCGGAAAGGUCACCGUCAAGCGCCAGGCUGUCGGUAUCUGGGACUGCAAGUCUUGCAAGAAGACUGUUGCUGGUGGUGCCUGGACCGUCUCAACCCCCGCCGCCGCUGCUUCCCGCUCCACCAUCCGUCGUCUGAGGGAGAUUGCUGAGGUUUAA